AUGGUGCAAAUCCGUCGCAACAAUUUGAAAAUUUCUGCCGACGUCGAUGAUUUUGCGGGGAGCUUUGACGUCGCGGGUCUGUUGCUCGACGACUUAGAGUUUGCAUCAUUACGUGGCAAAGUAGAAGCGGCGAGUGCAAAAAUUGAUUUGCGUGAUCGCGUCGGUGUUGGCAGCCUGCAGUUGAAGCAGCCACGUCUGAGUGGUAUUUCGGGGGAUUCACUGGAGGCCGACGUCACGUGGGCGGAUCGCGUCGUCAGUCUUCAACGCGCGACGUUGAAGCAGGCGAAGUCGCAAUACGAUGCCGACGGAGACUAUGCCUUGCCGGAUGAUAUCUGGAACUCUUUGCCGAGCGAACGCGAUGAAAAAUCUCGUAUCACGCUUUCAUCUUACGAGAACGAGUUUAAUUCGGACGUUUCUGGUGCGUGGCGCUUCCGACUCGCGGUGCCUGAGGCAGAUAUUGAAGAGAUGCUUCCAGUUCUUCGUGUCCUUACGGAUUUGCGAAAAGGGGCGACGCCCGAAGAGUAUGGCCGAGCCAAGCAAGCGUUCCUCGAAGGUGUCGAAAAAACGGGAUACGCGAUCGUCGACUUGGCGAGGCAAGUUGAUGAAGUUACGACGAAGCAAAAGAGCGAAGCUCCAGUCGCCGAGUCAGCUACGUCGACGGACGACACGAAGGAAGUUAGUGAGACGACGAAGACAUUGCCCGGUUUACAAGAUUUGAAGGGUGGUUGGCACGGUAUGAUUCAAGCCACCGGCGGCGGCGCUUUGGAGACGUUUGAUUCGCCGCAACCGACGGAAACCGUCCUUUUCGACGUUGCCGGUAGCGAUUGGCAAUGGGGACCUUACAAAGUUGAACGCGUCGAAGCUCAAGGCGAAGCGAGUUCGAGCGAAGGCGUCAAGUUGACGAGCUUAGAAGUGUCUUCGGACGCCGCGAGUCUUUCCGUGUCGGGCGCUAUCGGUGGUUCUCGUCAAGACGCGACGUUUGCCGUCAGAGACCUCCCAGCGCCCUUACUCGGCGCAUUUGUUGGGCCGCUCAUGCCCGAGCAAGACUUGAGCGACUUCCCACGAAUAGGUGGCGAUUUCCUCGUGCAAGGUCAUUUGGGCGGUUCGGUGACGGCGCCCGAGGGCGAGUUCCUGAUGAGACUUCGAGACGGCAAGAUCGGUAAUGUCAAGCUGAAGAGCGCCGAGUUGAGUGCGGAGUUGAACGAAGCUCGCCGUGCAGAGUUUGAGGGCGAGGCGGUGCCAGCUGUAGGUUCUGGUCUCGUGCGCAUAGCGGGCGUCGUACCGCUUCCGGAAGCGAACGAUCAGUCUCUCGCCGUCGACUGGCGUGUGCGAGAGCACGGCAUGACGCUGCUCACGGCAUUCGUCCCAGAAGUCGCCGAAUGGCAGAGUGGAUCGGCCGAUAUGUCGUUGCACGUCAGAGGUACGCCUGCGGCGCCUGUUUACGAUGGCGUCAUGGAAAUAAGAAAGGCACGGAUCUUGUCUCCUUUGCUCGCCCGCCCGAUUUAUCCGGCCAAUGCGACUCUGCGCAUCCAGCGCAACACACUUUACGUCGACGACAUCGAAGCAAAGAGCGCCAAGGGCGUAGUGCGAAUCAAAGGAGCCAUGCCGUUGUUGAAGCCAAGCCGCAGCUCCGGCGUAAAGAUGACGAUCGACGGCCUCGAUGUCCGCGCAAGAAAUGUGUACAACGGACAGCUGAACGCCGCUAUGGUGGCGAAGGGAACUGUCACGGCCCCGGAACUUAGCGGAGAUGUGCGAUUCUCGAGAGGUACCGCGUUCGUGCAGCAGCAGCCACCGAACGCGGACGAAAUGCUCAAUCAAACGAAGUCUGGCGCGUUGUCGGGGGCGAAGAGAGAUUCGCGCGGAGUGCUGGCUGGGAUUUUAGAGCGAGCCGCGAGAGCAAAUGAUCCGAACCACGGCGAAGCGGGCAAUCAGACUGAAAAUGAACUCAUGAACGAGAAGAAUCUCGAAAAGUUGCAGAAUUUGCGCUUACGAGGCCUUCAUCUUUCUGUCGGACCUGAGAUGUCUGUCGUUUACCCGUUUGUGUUGAACUUUGGCGUCAGCGGCGAACUCACGCUCGAUGGCGUGAUUGAUGCAGGCCUUUUACGACCGAACGGCUCGCUUCUGUUCGAUCGCGGUGACGUCAACUUGGUGGCGACACAAAUCAGACUCGAUCGAGACCACCCGAACAGAAUUGUGUUCACACCAGAGCAAGGACUCGACCCCUACGUCGACAUUUCCUUCCUCGGCACGGAUCUUCGAGCUCUCAUACAAGGCCCGGCUUCAAGGUGGACGGACAGCCUCACGUUAACGUCUUCUGCGCAGACUACUCCCGGCGAAGGUGACGCGACGCUGUCUCCAAGUGAAGCCGCUCGCAUUUUCGAAGGUCAGCUGGUGGAAUCGCUCCUCGAACAAGACGGAAAAAUCGCCUUUAGCAACUUGGCGUCGACGACGUUGGCGUCGCUCAUGCCAAAGAUUGAGGCCGGUGGCAACGUCGGCAAGGCGCGCUGGAGAUUGACCGCGGCGCCAUCGUUGCCGGGUUUGCUUUCACUCGACCCUGACUUGGAUCCGUUCAGCAACACUGGAUCGUUUACCCUCGGCUCCGAAGCGGAGAUUUCAUUCGGCGAUUCGUUGCAAGCGACGUUGAGUCGCAACCUCGACGCCGACGAAAUGCGUACGGAGCUGUCGCUCAUGUACAAACUUACCAGUAAGCUCCGAAUGCAGUUAAAGAGCCUGUCGGCGUCGGCGACGAGAGUGAUGUUCGAAUUCAGCACGAAAGAUUAA